ACAGUAGAAUUUCAAAUCUCAUUUUUAUGAUAUUUCCAAUAUUUACAUGCCUAAAAGUGGGUGUAGUUGGUAUUGUGUGGGUAGUAGCAACCUAAAAAAGCCUGUUUAUUAUUUGGGCUAACUGAGUUGGGCUGAAAGCCCGGUCAAGUUUCUGCCACGUAACACAGUGCGCGUGUGUUACACUUACCUCUCUUCUAUGUUCUUUUUCAUUUCAAUUUCAACACUGCUUCGUUCAUUCGCGUUUCUCUCUGGAUUCUCAGAUCAAGCUUCAUCAUCAGUUUCUGCCUUUGCAAAAUGGCCGCAUUCUUAGCUCGGAAAUCACUUCUUGCCCUUCGUACCCGCCAUAUGGCUGUGGCAGGUCAAGGACUGCACAACCCCCAAAAUUAUGGCAUGCGAUUGAGUUCACACCUCUACUCUACCAAAUUAGAGGACGAGGAAAGAGAGAAACUUGCAAAGGAGAUUUCAAAGGAUUGGAGUACUGUUUUUGAACGUAGCAUCAACACACUUUUUCUCACUGAGCUUGUUCGAGGUCUAAUGCUGACGCUGAAAUACUUCUUCGAUAAAAAUGUUACGAUCAAUUAUCCAUUUGAGAAAGGCCCUCUGAGUCCUCGUUUCCGUGGUGAACAUGCACUCAGACGCUAUCCAACAGGAGAGGAACGAUGCAUUGCUUGCAAACUUUGUGAAGCUAUAUGUCCUGCACAAGCAAUAACAAUUGAGGCUGAGGAGCGUGAAGAUGGCAGCCGUAGGACAACUCGGUAUGAUAUUGACAUGACCAAGUGCAUUUAUUGUGGAUUUUGUCAAGAGGCAUGCCCAGUUGAUGCCAUUGUUGAAGGGCCAAACUUUGAAUUUUCUACCGAGACUCAUGAGGAGCUUCUAUAUGACAAAGAGAAGUUGCUUGAAAAUGGGGACAGAUGGGAAAGUGAAAUUGCAGAGAAUCUGAGAUCUGAAAGCCUUUAUCGCUGAUAAUCUCGAUUCAUCAAUCGCUGCUGCUUAUUCUGUCUUAUUUCGCACUGAUAAAUAAAAUGAUCAGUGACUCGUCUUGAAGAUUUGUAUGGAUUAAUUGUUGUUUGCCAAUUUUUAUUUUUUGGUGGGCAAUUGUUGCAUUUCUGUCAUGUAUGCAAUUGUGAUUUCUUUUUUGCUCUUAAAAUCUUGAACAAAUGCGUAAAUAAUUGUAAGGAUUCAACAAAUAAAUGUUGUUACUUGGUAGCAAACUUGUAGCCUUGAACUAUAGUGGAAACACAAUCGGCUUUGAUGAUGACCCCGAUAAGUUGGCUUUAUAAAUUCUUGUAAUCUUGUAUUGUAUGAUAGCAGAAAGCCUUUUUCGAA